AUGGGUUCGAGAGGAGCGACCGUGGUGCUAUCGAGAGCGAACAGGAUAAGAACGAAGCUGCAAUCGGCGCUGGAAGCCACAGUUUUGGAGGUGGACGACGUGUCGUACCAGCACGCGGGUCACGCCGCCGUGAAGGAAAGUUCUGACAAGGAGACCCACUUCAACCUGAAGAUCGUUUCCCCCAAGUUUGAGGGCCAGAGCCUCGUGAAACGACACCGUCUCGUCUACGACCUUCUCGCUGACGAGCUUCAGUCCGGCCUGCACGCCCUCUCCAUCAUUGCUAAGACGCCCCACGAAACAAGUUCUGCUAAAUGA